CGGGCCGGAGGGGAGCUUGAGCCGCCCCGCUCCCUCCCUCCCGGGCGUUGGGGCGCUCACACACUCGGGCACAAUACGACACGUAUUCCAAGUGCCAGGCUGUUGAUUUGUCCAAUUAUAGGGCGUAGAACAUUACAUCCUGCUGCUGCCCUCCCUCGUAUCCUGCUUUGUCAGGUCCACGUGAGCCAUGGCCCAGGAACGAGGACACGUGCCGCUGCCUAGAGCUGAUGCUAUUCGCUCACGGCUUAUCGAUACCUUCUCCCUCAUAGAGCAUUUGCAAGGCUUGAGCCAAGCCGUACCAAGGCACACUCUCCGGGAGAUACUUGAUCCUUCUCUCCAGAAGAAACUCAUGUCAGGAGACCAGCACCAGCUAGUGCGCUUCUCCAUAAAGCCCCGGCAUAUGGGCCACAUCACACACUCCCAGCGAAUGCUGAGCAGGCUUCGUGUGCGGUGCAGCCAGAGACCACCUCUUUCCCUGUGGGCUGGAUGGGUUACUGAGAAUCCUAUCUUCUCGAAAUUCAUCAUCUCCCUCAUCUUUCUGAAUACAAUUGUACUGAUGGUCGAAAUAGAAUUGAUGGAAUCCACAAAUACUAAACUGUGGCCAUUGAGACUGACUUUGGAGGUGGCAGAUUGGUUUAUCUUGUUUAGUUUCAUUUUAGAGAUCCUUCUAAUGUGGAUGUCUGGCUUUACUCUCUUCUGGAAUAAUGCCUGGAAUGUCUUUGACUUUGUUGUUACCAUGCUGUCUCUGCUUCCUGAGUUUGUGGUGUUGAUAGGAGUCUCGGGGACGUCCGUGUGGCUCCAGCUACUGAGGAUCUCCCGGGUGCUGAGGUCUCUUAAACUGUUUGCACGAUUCCGUCAAAUUAAAGUUAUUAUAUUGGCUCUGGCCAGGGCCCUGAAGAGCAUGACGUUCCUCUUGAUGCUGCUGCUUAUCUUCUUCUACAUUUUUGCUGUAACCGGUGUCUACUUCUUCCAAGACUAUUCCCGUUCAACUAUUGAGAACCUGGAAUACAACAUGUUCUUCUCGGACCUACUCAAUUCCCUGGUGACAGUGUUCAUCCUCUUCACCUUGGAUCAUUGGUAUGCAGUACUUCAGGAUGUCUGGAAGGUGCCAGAAGCUAGCCGUGUCUUUAGCAGCAUCUAUGUGAUCCUUUGGUUGUUGCUUGGCUCCAUUAUCUUUCGAAAUAUCAUAGUAGCCAUGAUGGUUACUAACUUUCAGAAUAUCAGAAAUGAGCUGAGUGAGGAGAUGACCCACCUGGAGGUUCAGUAUAAAGCUGACAUAUUCAAGCGACAGAUUAUUCAGAGGAGACAACACCUGUCCCCUGGAUCAGUAAGAGGAACAAGUCAAGGAAAGCCCUCCGAAGACUUAUUAGGACAUUCUAAAGAGUCUGUAGUCAGUGAUCCUGGAAAAAAUGAUGCCAACAAAAGCGAAGAUGUCGACAAAAGUGAAGAUGCCGACAAAAGUGAUGACUCCGAAAACAGUGAUGACUCCGAAAACAGUGAUGACGCCGACAAAAGUGAUGAUGCCGAUGAAAGUGACGAAGUCGGGAAAGUACAAAAAGAACCACCAAAAGAACCACCAAAAGCCAAAGUCUACUCAUCUUCCUCUUCUGAUGCUUCAUCCUCCUACAGUUCUUCGUUAGCUGAUUUGGAUCAUGUUGAUAACUUGGACUGGGAGACUCUUGUGCAUGAGAACCUGCCUGGGUUAAUGGAUAUGGAUCAGGAUGACCGUGUUGUUUGGCCCAGAGAUUCACUUUUUCGAUAUUUUGAGUUACUAGAAAAGCUUCAGUAUAACAUGGAGGAGCGCAAGAAGUUGCAAGAAUUUGCAGUCCAGGCCCUGAUGAGUUUUGAAGACAAGUAAAGGUACAAUGGAUGGCGGCAUAUCUCUCGACCCAGCAAAAGCUAACGAAGGGAAUAGUUGAAAAAAAGAGAAUUCAAAAUAUAAAUAUCUAAUAAAAACCACUAGUGAAUAUUUCUGGUAAGUAAGUUAAUUAAAUAUUUUUAUGAAAUGUAGAUGAUACAAAAAGGCAAAAAGUACUUGAGAGGCUGUUGGAGCCUGUGCUUCCUUCUGACUGGCCAGCCUGUCUGCAGACCCUGAUAUGGCUCUUCAUGACCGUACAGUCUAGCCCAUUUCUUGUAACUUCUACUUCCUAGUAAGAGCGCUGGUUUCUCUUUGUCUUGGCUACAGUCUGUGCAGGCUUCUGUGUGGAAUAACCCUGUCCUCAGAGAUGUCGGUUUAACUACUUGAAAGGUCAGGUUUCCAUCGCCUACUCUGCUAAUGCUCCCUUGGGCAGCAUUGACUUUCUUCUCAGCACUGGGAUACAACCUGGGCUUCAUCCAUGGUGGGUCCGUGCUUUAGCAGUCACAUCUCUAGCUUCCUCUUCACUAAUCUUAAUGGACUUGACUUCAAUUCCAGAAUCAGCCAACAGUCCAGACCGAAUGGUCCAGAAUACUCCCACAUACUAUUGGCUUCGGUCACAUAUUGUUCAUACCCGUAUCUGGACCAAAGACAGUACAUUUCUUCAUCUCCCUCGUCAUAGGUCAGGGACGUUUUCAUUUCAGUUUAUGUUCCACAGUUUGUAGGACCUCAGAAUUGACAUAAUUUCCAUCAAAACAGAGACACCUUAUUGUGUGCGUGUAUAUGGUUCCAGAGAUCAACCCCAUAUCCUCAUACAUCCUACCACUGUUCUAUAAACCCCAGCAGGAAGCCCUUUAUAACUGAAAGAGCGACUAUCAAGCUGACCAUUCUACUGUGGAAGGACUCAAGUCUUUUUGGUUGGUUGUUUUUUGGAGAUAGGGUCCCUGGUUCUGUCUACCCCACGCUGACCUCAAUUUACUAUGCAGUACAGGCUGUCCUUGAACCCUGCUUCAACUUCCUGAGUUACAGGGUUACAUGCCCAGCAUAGGAUUUAUUGCUUUGGAAAUGCUUGUUAUUAAAAAUUCUAUCAACCUUGGCCAAGGAGAUGGAUCUGUGGUAAAGAACAUUUGCUGCUCUUUUAGAGGACCCGGAUUCAGUUCCCAACACCCUCAUGGUGGCUCACAACUGCCUGUAAUCCAGGUCCAGGAAUCUGAUGUUCUCUUCUUCUCUUCUCAG